AUGGAAUGCAGCGACAUUGAGACUUGUGAAUUAUGCCCCCAAAGCGGAAACACAUUGACACAGAUGUCAACACAACAUCUGAAGCUCCGAUCAACGGCAGCAAAUGACGUCGACCUCCCAAAGGAGGACCCACUCAUGCAGCCACCGCUCCUACUGAGACACCAUCUGAGCGGGCUACUUGGAGGUCCCAUGAUGAGGCAGAGCUCAUCCACCAUCUUCUUGAAGUUAAGCGCGCAGGUGGACAAGGUCUGGAAUGGUGCCUCAGCGCACUUACUUGAGCAGUGUGGGACAGUCUUCAAGCCUAGUGCAUGCAAGAACAAAUAUGGCAAGUUAAAACAGAUAUAUUGGGCAGUCAAACAGCUCUCGGAACAGUCAGGCUUCCCCUGGAGUAAUGAAAAUGGUGCUGAUCUAGGACCGGAAGAGGAGCAAUUAUGGAUUGAUUUUGUUGCGGUAAGAGUGGCCUCUGGCUGCUCCAUUCCGUCAAAAAGGGUGGCCACUCUUUGA